GCGUAGCGAGCAAAGAAAAACUGUCAUCACAUCCACCAUGAAGUUCUUCGUUGUUUUGUUCGCCGUUGUUGCGGCCGCUAGCGCCGGACUUAUUGGAUAUCAUCAUGAGCCAAUCGUGCAGCCCUGGGUGGCUCCUGCGGUGCACGCUGCUCCGGUGGUGCACGAGGCUCUACCCUGGGUCGCGGCCGCACCGAAAUACGUCAAGGUCGCCGCUCCGGUGUCGUACGGCAAGGAGUAUCAUCAAGUGCUCAACAUCCCGCAACAUGUCCCCAUUCCGCCGCCGCAUCCGAAGCCGUUGCAUCUCAAGGCGCACGACCACGUCAACAGAAUACAUUACGACGCACCGCAUAUCCCACAUCCGCAUCUCGUCGGCGUUGAGCACUAUGUGCCCGCACCGGAACCCGCCAUCUCCGUUGUCAAGGCGCACGGGCACGGCUGGGACUAAGCUCCGACGUCCGUCAAACCAGUCGAUUCCGAGCGGUCCACCCGAGAAGUCAUUCCGCGGCCUAAGAGUGACAGCAGACAAUUCGUCGACGACGCAUAAAUAUCAUCUUCUCCGUCCUCUUCCCUUAUCCUCGUCAUUUUUUUUUCCAAGUUACUUUGAUUGAAAUAAAUAAGAAGCAAUGAGCACAAAAAUGAGGAUCGUCAGAAUCGGAAUUCUUUGAGGCUCUCCCAGCGAGAGAUAUGAAAAUCGUGGAUCGCUCGCGGAUCGCAGACCAAGGCAGCCACAGAUUUAAGAAGAAAAAAUAUAUUUUUGACAUGAUUUCUACCUUAGAGCUAUACAUAUGACACAUUUCACACAAACACACAUGGACAACCGAGUCUUUUUCCCCGUUUUCCUUUCUCUUAUUUCCCUGUUUGAACACUGACCAAAUUUCCCGGCGGCUAUUAUCGUGCUACUAUGAAGAAGACAUCGCAAGACAUCAAAAGAGAGAGCGUUUUCCCUUUCGUCCCUUCUGUCCAAUUUUUCUCUGUCGUUCGCAGCAACACUUUUAUUUAUUUUCUAAUAAAGGUUGACCUGUACGUCUUUUGUGAUAAAUCAGGAA